AUGGUUCCGGCCGCACCGUUGUCGCCCGUCAAGCCAUCGGCUGCUGAGUUGAAGAAGUUGAAGGGGAGCAGUGUGAGCCAUAUGCGGAGGUUGUCCAAGUUGACGGGGAAGGACGGCGUGGAAGGGCUGUUCAUUCCAGGAGUCACCCAAGAUGCGGAGGGUGUAACUGGAUUGACCAACCGAGUGCGCCUUCAGAAAACGAAAGACAGCAAGUCGUUCCUUGCUUCACGAACAUGGAUGGAUAAACAGCGACAGAAUGUUCAGGCGUAUGAAUACCUAUGUCACAUCGGUGCUGCGAAGGAAUGGAUGGAGACGGCCAUGAACGAGUCAAUACCACCCAUUACCGACCUAGAAGAGGCAUUGCGCGAUGGUGUCAUCCUUGCCCGCCUGGCGCGCACUUUUGCCCCGGUACUCGUCACACGCAUUUUCGAAGACCCAAAACGCCAAUACCGACAUAUCGACAACAUCGACCGGUUCUUUGCGUUCUGCAGAUUCGUCGAACUGCCUGAGCUCUUCCGUUUCGAAACCACCGACCUGUAUGAUAAACGCAACAUCCCAAAAGUCAUUUACUGCAUUCAUGCGCUUUCUUUUGUCUUGUAUGCUAAGGGAAUGAUGACCGAGAGGGUUAGAAAUUUGGUCGGUGAGUUGGACUUCACUGAAGAGGAGAUCUCGAAGACGCAGCGGGGUAUCGACGCCGCGGGCGUGAGGCUGCCAGACUUCGGCGGGUUGGGCAAGGAGUUCGGAGAGGAACCGGAGCCGGAGCCUGAGCCAGUGGAGACAAAAGAGGAGAGAAUCGCGAGGGAACUAAAGAAUGCGUCAUGCGAGAUCGAGCUAUUGCAAGGGCAUGCCCGUGGUGCAUUGGAGAGAAAGAGAUGGGCGGGAAUUAUGAAUGCGCUCUGGGAGAAUGAGGACAUUAUCGCUGACUUCCAAGGGAUCGCACGCGGCUUCCUCAUCCGUAAGGAAGUCAGUCCGCGGCUAGAUAUGAGGAGGACCGUCUUCGAUGCUCUCGUGCCACUGCAGGCGAUUGCGCGUGGGAAAUUGGCCCGAAGGCAGAUGCAGGCGAGGGAUCAGCAUUUUGCUUCGCAUGAGCAUCUCAUCACCCGUCUACAAGCGAGGGCGAAAGCGAACGCGGCAAGGAAGUCUUAUCUCCAGCAUCGCGAGCAAGUUCAUUCAAAAGCCACCGUGCUCAGCGGCCUUCAGGCAAUUGCACGAGGACGUUUGGCCAGGCAGAAAUUCACCGCUCAAAGGGAGGAGCUAGAUACGAACAGAGAGAUAGUCAUGCUGCAAGCCCUUUCUCGAGGCCAUUUGCUACGCCAGCGUCUCCUGAGUCAGAUCCGUGAGUUGGCUAUGAGCCUGAAUUCCAUCAUUGAUCUUCAGGCGCAGUGCUCAGCCGCGCUCGUUCGCGACGAACUUCGACGAAAGAAGGAGAUCCUCGCUGAGGAGGAACCUAACAUAGUCAAUUUCCAGGCGGCUGUCCGCGGACAUAUCGCGCGUCGCGAGUUCCACACCCGUCAACGUUUCUUCCGUGCCAAUAUGGAGAAGAUUGUGAAGAUACAGUCUCUCGUCCGCGCUAAGCAACAAGGUAAUGCGUACAAAUCACUUAUGGUUGGAAAGAACCCACCUGUGGGCACCAUCAAGAACUUCGUGCACCUCCUUGACGAUAGCAACUUUGACUUCGAAGAAGAGAUCGAGUUUGAGAGGUUGAGGAAGCUGAUUGUGCAGAGAGUUCGUGCCAACGAGGAAGCUGAGCAACAUAUCGACCAGCUCGAUAUCAAGAUCGCCCUAUUGGUGAAGAAUAAAAUCACUCUAGAUGAGGUCAUCAGAACGCAGAAGCGGUUCACUGGUCAUCAGAGCCAUUUGCUGCACAACAAUGACCCCGCCGGUUCAGAUCCAUUCAACCUCAAGGCCCUGAACAAAACGUCACGAACGAAAUUGGAGUUGUAUCAGACACUGUUCUUUUUGUUGCAAACAAGACCCGAGUAUUUGGCUCGCCUCUUUGCACGCGUGCGAGAUUUGGGUAUGCCGGAGAAGGACAUCAAGAAGGUCGAGAAUCUCACGAUGGUGCUCUACGGUUACGGACAAAAGCAUCGCGAGGAGUAUCUGUUGCUCAAGCUUGUCCGUCAAAGCAUCAUCGAGGAAGUUAACAGGGUUGAGAGCACCCAGGAGUUCUUGCGUGGGAACUUUUUGUGGUUGAAGCUCGUUGUUCACUACAACCGCGGCGCGAAAUACCAAAAGUACAUGCACGAUUUGCUUGGACCGCUUGUGACGAAGGUUGUUCAAGACGACUUCCUUAAUCUCGAAAGCGACCCCGUCAUGAUCUACAAGAACAUGAUUAACAACGAGGAGUUGCGGACUGGGCAACGCUCUUCCCGACCUCAGGUUGUUGAUCAAGCUGAAGCAAUCAGAGACCCAGAAACUCGCAAUGCUUUCAUCAAGCAUUUGAGUGAUUUGCGUGACUUCACUGAGAUGUUUAUUGACGCGAUUGAGAACAGCGUCCGCACUAUGCCUUUCGGCAUCCGAUACAUCGCACGCGAGACGUUGAGAGCUGUACAAGCCAAAUUCCCAGACGAGGCUGAGACCAUCUUGCUCAAGGUCGUUGGUAACUUAAUCUAUUACCGAUACCUUAACCCUGCUGUGGUUGCUCCCGAGCACUUCGGUGUCAUUGAUGGAGCUAUUACCGCUCAGCAACGGAAGAACUUGGGUGAGAUUGCGAAAAUGCUCACGCAAAUAUCUCAAGGAAGGUUGUUCUCUAGCGAUAACGUGUACCUGCAGCCCCUGAAUGAAUAUGUUGCUUCGGCGAUCGGAAGGAUGACCAGCAUUUACGUCUCGGUCACAGACGUCAUUGAUGCCGAAACCGAGUUUGAGUUCGAUGAGUAUGAAGACUUGACGGCGACCGAGAAGCCCAUGCUUUAUAUCAAGCCGUCGGACAUCUGUUACACACAUUCUUUGGUUGGACGAGAGCUCGACGCAAUUGCACCUAGCACCAAGGAUAUCUUCAGGGACAUCAUCCGAGACCUAGGGCCUCUCCCGUCGAGCAGCGACAUGUUCAUGGGAGAGACUGGUGACCAGGAGAUCACGUUGACUUUGAACUCUACCAUUCAACCGGAAGGAGAAGCCGAUGCUGAUUUCAAGGCGCUAUGGCUUGAAACCAAACGUUCAGUGCUGAACAUCAUUCGUGUCCAACAGGGCAACUCUUUGAUGGAAAUUUUGACGAAGCCAACAGCGGAAGAGGAUGAAUGGGCGUGGCGGAACUUGUUGGAGCAUGAGAUGUCCAGCCAACAACAACGCUCAGCGUACUCGGAUACGCCGGUACAGGAUCUGUCUGGACUUGCAUACACCGACGUCAAGAGAAUGGCAUUGGAGAACAUCUUGCGCAUGGAGGCAGCCGGUAAGAUCACUCGGGAGAACGGCUUCCAAGACCUGCUGAAUGCUAUCGCUAUCGACAUUCGUACGAAGCACCGCCGUCGUCAGCAGCGUCAGCGUGAUAUCGACAGUGCGCGUCAGACCUUGGCGCAUCUGGAUGAGAAGGCUACCUACCUUGCAGGCCAGCUGGAAAGCUACAACGACUACGUGGAACAGUCGAUGCUCACCUUGCAGACCAAGAAAGGAAAGCGACGCCCUAUCAUGCCCUUUACGAAGCAGUACUUCCAUAUGCGUGAUCUCCAAAAAUCCGGCAGAGUACCGCGUUUCGGUUCGUACAAGUACUCCGCGCAGAAGCUCUUCGAAAAGGGCGUCCUGGUCGAAAUCAAAGGUUACGAACGAGGACAAUGGGACAAAUUGUAUCUCACCAUCUCUUGUGAUGACGUCGGAAUAUUCUUCGUCGAGGCAUCCUACCAUUCUAUUCACAUCCCAGGCGGGUCGAUUCAGCUUCGUCUAGAUGACUUGCUUCAAGCACAGUUUCAAAAACAACAGCACAUUUCUCUGUUUGAUAACCUUGUCAAGUUGAACGUGAAUCUCACGCUUCAUUUGAUUUUCAAGAAGUUCUAUGUUUGAUAAUGGCGGGACUUGGUUCACGGCGUCCGGUUUGGGUCUUUUUGUGUGGGACUUUGGCUACGGUAGCAUCACUAUAUUUAAUCGGUGAGAUGAAAUUCACAAACGUUUGAAUACUGCU